GGGAGACAGUCCUGUGGGACAGCGGCGUAAGCGGGAGACGGGUCAGGCGACACUCGACGCUACGAUGUCAAUUGUCAACGGUGUCAACAUGGAGAACUGUCACCAGCUGCCGUACGAGGAGACGGAACUCGGCGAAGAGUUCCUCUACAUGGCGGACCGGGUGCUUGAUCUGCUGAUGCCUCAGGCGCGGGUCGCCGUGCGCACGGCAAACUUCCUCUCCAACUACAUGCAGAACGCCUACGAGGGCGUCACCGUCGUCGACGCCGACGGCAAUGAGCUGACGUCACAAGAUCUCACCGAGGAGCAGCUGUUCGGAGAAGUCAUCGCCAACGUCGUCGCCGACGACAAACUGUUCGGCAGCGCCAUCUUGUUCAAGUCGCUGGCGUUCAAGGGAAGCACGGGGAGGUUUGGCCCGUACGCAUACAGAGACGCGCUCGCGGGAGAGAGGCACAUCUACGCCGAGGACUUUGCCAUUCUGGGCGGCUACGAAUUUUACUUCGAAACAACGGAGAAGACGGACAUCGAAACGCUUGCAAUGUUCUCGUCGGCGCUCGACAUGCGAGACAGUCGCGAUGGUGCUGCCUCUAUGAACGUGAACAGGAACCUGACGUACUUGGCAGCUACGCUGGGUCACGGCAGGUGGAACAAGCCCUUCUACGACUGCUUCCACGGUGUCUGGGUGGCAUCCUACUUCGUGCCGUACUAUAUGAAGGACUCGCCGACUGCCGACGUCAGAUUCGCUGGCGUCGUGGGUUCGGAUGUGAAGUUAUCCGCUCUAGAUAUUAACCAGUGCGAGAGCGAUCAGCAGAAUCCAUUCGCCGAGUCGCACCGCUGCGACGAUCAGUCUACAAUGUGCGUCUUCGAAGCGGGCCAUGGCUUCCAGACGGGCGGUUACAGAUGCGAAUGCAGGGAGGGUUACGAAUACCCGUUCGACGACGGAAAGACGUCGUUCGCGGGAGCGGAGAUAGAGGAGCAUUACCAAGCGCAGGCGGAUGGACGCUGGAACGCCUACAACGCCAUGAAGUGCAGACGACACGGCGACAUGGCAAUGCCAACAAGCAAGCCCGUCCCUCGCCGAUCGUCCACACGUGCCCCGGCGACACCGCCGACGAGAGCGACCACGACGCCGACGACGUCGCGUCCGACGACCGCCAGAACGACGACACGACCUCGCACGACGACCCGACCGCCGACGCAAGGCACACCGGAAGCUCAACCGGAAAACACCGAGCCGGAGGUUCCGCCUGCCGAACCGACCGCGGAAGUACCGGAACCGGAAACGCCAGCCGUCGAGCCGACAGCGGAAGAGGAACCGGAGCCGGAACCGCCGAAGGUCACCGUGGCGCCGCCGCCGCCGCCGUCAACCGGACCAGCCGACCACGCCGGACACGACCGUCAUCCCACGAAGAAGCCCGUGCCCGCUAAGCCGCCGCAGCGGACGAGGAGCGGCGGUGAGAGACACCUGGCGGGCAUCGUCAUCGUCCUCCUGGCUGCCGUCGCCGCUGUCGCCGCGUAG